UUUAGUUUUGUUGAAAUGUUAUAUGUAAAAUCAACGCCGUUGAAGCUGGUCCUAUGUAAUUAAAUAACUAUCCAGAAAAAAAAAUGUUUCGGACGAUUGGCUUUAAAUCUUAAGCAGUAUGGUGCAUUUAAGAAACCAAUAUUGUCAAUAAAUAAGCCCUGCAAUGAAGAAAAAAAAAAUAUUGUAGUAUUAGCUGCAACUAAAAAGCCGGAAAUAUCUGUUAGAGAAAUUGAAAAAAUUGACAAACCACUGGAAUACCGCAAUCUGCUGCCCAUUUCAUUUUCAGAAAACAGAAAUUCCAGCCGUUCAAAUUCAGAUUCUGUCAAGGUCUUAGACCAGGUGACGAGGAAAGGUGAAGAACAUGUUAGGACUAGUACACCAGAAAGUGUCAGGAAGAUGAAACAUUUCCCCAUAUGAUUAUCUUGUGGGACGAGAACUGGUUACAGAUAAUGGAGUUUUUAACUCGAGAAAUAUCCAUUAUUGCUCAAGGGACAAUCCCUCAAUAAACCGAAUGGCUAGACAUCAGCACCAGUGGCGACGCCAGAGGGGGCGGGGGCCCCUUCUGAAUUUCAGCCGGCCCCCUCUGAACAGAAAGCUAGAUUUCCAGUUAGAUCUUUUUCGAAAAUAUAAAAAAAUUAAAGAUAAUGAAAGCCAUAAAAAAAACGCCUACAUCACAAAUUAUACGAGAAUUCGACUGCCGAUCACAUGGUCAAUUCUUGCGAAAAUAAGAUUGUCUACUAAGCAUUUUUAGGGGAAUCACCGGACUAGCACAACAAUGGCGAUUGGCGAUCACUCAAAACGGGCUUGAAGGACACGUGCACUUUGCGCUUCGGCCGCUUACAGAAACAUUUUUUGUGUGUUUUAGGUUUUAGUCAUCAGCUAUUACUAACUGGUUGGGUACGUUAAUACCACGACAAGUAAACAAUUUUUGUGUGCUUUUUUUAGCAUUUCGUUUUCCAUAAUUUUUCUGACAAUUAAUAGUAUAACACCUGAUUCAGUUUUAUUUUUAAACUACAGAAACCAAAAUGGCCAGUAAGGGUUCAAUGAAAAAUUACUUUUCAAUAAGAAGCAAAUCACCAUCACCAGACCCCAAUAAAAGAAAAAAUGAAAAUGGUGAAGUAGCUGAGUUAGGCAAAAAAAGAAAAACCGAAAAUAAUGAGCAGAUUGAAAGGGAGAAACUUGAACUAGAUGAAAAUGGUCCAGAAAGCGCGGAUAGAUCGAAUGAAGAUAUCAAUGAGGCCCCAACGUCAAAUUGCAAUGUGGAACGAGAAGAAAAUAAUUGGAGUCAAUUUUCUUUCCUCCUAGAUUUGUCAAAAAGUCCUUAUGAAAAGCCCUCACAACCAAUUUUACGAGAAUACCCAGGAACAAAAAUAGGAGAUCGUUUAAGAGCUUUUAACAAAAAAUGGUUUAAAACAUUUCCUUGGCUGGAAUAUUCUGUUAUAGAAAACAAAGCUUUUUGUUUCUACUGCAGAUUCUUCUGCAAAUCAUAUGUGAAGGAAAAAUCAUUUAUUACUGGGUAUAAUAGGUGGAAAAAGGCUAUGGAAACUAAUAGCGGAUUUACUGCACACAGCAACUCAUUGGCACAUAAAGAAUGUUUGCUAAAAUAUAAUGAAUUUAAAAGAUCGUCUUCCGUCGGUGGCGUAGAAAAUUUAAUUAAAAAUAAAAACAAAGAACUUAUUGAAGAAAAUCGGUAUUACAUUAAAACACUAGCCGAAAUUCUUCUAUUAACUUGUAAGUUAGAAAUUGCACAACGGGGCCACAAUGAAUCCACUGAGAGUGCAAAUAAAGGAAACUUUUUGGAAUUAACGGAGUUUGUCGCUAAUCACGAUCCUGUGUUUAAAAAAAAAGUCUCAAGUGCUGCAGUUAAAUCAAAAUACCUUCAUUCUAGUAUACAAAAUGAGUUACUGCAAAUACUUUCUAAUGAAGUUCUGCAAUCUGCAAGAGAUGAAAUUAGCGAAGCUAAAUUUUAUUCAGUCUUAGCCGACGAGACCAAAGAUUUAUCGAAAAAAGAACAAAUGGCAAUACUUAUUAGAUACAUUUAUAAAUUAGAAAUUAAAGAAAUAUUUUUAGGAUUUAUUCACUGUGAAAAGUUAGAUGCGACCUCAUUAUUUGCAACAAUUAAAAAUACCCUAUUAAAAAACGGUAUUUUGUUGGAAAACUGCGUAGGACAAGCAUACAAUGGCGCUAGUGUAAUGAGUGGCCAUCUGAAUGGUGUUCAAGCGUUAUUUAAAAAAGAAGUUCCCAGUGCAGUUUACGUACACUGCUACAAUCACGUCUUAAACUUAGCAGUCGUAGAUUGUUGUAAAGGUAUACCAGAAUUCUCACAAUUUUUUAAUAUGACAGAACAGUUAUAUAUUUUUAUGAGUCAUUCAUCUAUACCCACGGAAUUUUUAAAUGUGCAAAAAAGAAUUUAUCCUGGCAAACAACCCAAAGAACUAACACGCCUACAACAAACAAUAUGGUCCAUUCAGUACAAAAUGUGUAGCGUGCUUGAAGAUACAUUUGAAUCUCUAUAUGUUACUUUAUAUUUAGUAUCUUCUCGUAAUAGUGACAGAGGGCUAGAGGCCAAAAGACUAUUGCAUUCCUUAACCAAAACAUUUAACACUUACAUAGUAUGUUUUAAAGAUGUUCUCAACAUAAUAUCUUCCUUAUCUGACUAUUUGCAAUCAAAAGAUAUAGACUAUGCCCGAGCAAAUAUUUUGGUAGAAGAGAUCCUUCAGCAACUACAAUUAAUGAUAGUUGAAAACUCAUAUUGGGAUGCCAUUUGGGAAAGAGUGAAUAUAUUAUGGUCGCUAACUGGCGCUAGCGAUUCGUCAGAAGCAAUCCCCAAACGUAAAAAACAACUACCCGCUCGUUUUAAAAUGUUUUUUACAGAGCUUGAGGCCGAAAAUGAAUUGGAUACAUCGAAGAAAGGUCUAAAGAUUGGCGUUUUUUUUUCCAGUUUUGGAUAAAAUAAUAACUGAACUCCAAGCUCGCUUUUCAAAUAAUAAAAAGCUAUUUAAUGGAUUAAGUUCAUUGCAGCCAGGACACGAUAACUUUUUAAAGCUAUCAGACCUUUUGUUAAUUGCUGGUUCCUAUACCAAUAUCUGCUCAGAUUGGGACGAAGAAACGUUAAAAGCUGAAUUCAUCCUUUUAAAGAGAUUAAUGGCUAAAAAAUCGGAAAUCAAAACACUGAGAGAAUUAUUGAAACUGCUCGAAGUAUAUUAUCCAGCUUUUGAAAAUAUCUGUUUUAACAAAAAUAGCUAUGACAAUACCUGCAUCAACUGCUUCUUCAGAGAGAUCAUUCUCUUGUUUAAGUAGAGUAAAAACUUAUUCAAGGACUACAAUGCUGAAUGAAAGACUUUCCUCAAUUUCUAUUUUAAGCAUUGAAAAAGAUCGGAUUAAAAACACUGAUCUCAAUAAUAUUGUGGAUACGUUUGCGAAGAAUCAUAAUAACAGAAGAAUCUUACUGCUUUAAAUAACGAAUUGCUAUACGUUAUAAGUU